AUGGUCAGAGUCUCCGUCUUAAACGAUUGUUUGAACAGCAUCCUCAACGCCGAACGUCAAGGUCGUCGUCAAGUCCUCAUCAGACCAUCUUCCAAGGUCAUCGUCAAGUUCUUGACUGUCAUGAUGAAGAAGAAGUACAUUGGUGAAUUCGAAGUCAUCGAUGAUCAUCGUUCCGGAAAGAUCGUCGUCGAGUUGGUCGGUCGUAUCAACAAGUGCGCCGUCAUCUCUCCACGUUUCGAUGUCCCAUUGAACGAGCUUGAGAAGUGGACAUCCUACAUUUUGCCCUCUAGACAAUUCGGUCACCUCGUUUUAACCACCUCCUUGGGUAUUAUGGAUCACGAAGAUUGCAAGCGUAAACACACUGGUGAGUGUCCACUAAGACCUAGAAACACAUCAAUUACAUUAACUAACGCAAUAUUUCUCUUUCUUUUACUUAUUAAUAGGUGUGAUUCAAUAAUAUACUUUUGGACUCCAAUGAAAAAAACAUAUAUCUAUCCAAGUUAUUCAAUAGAAUACAAAGAGCAAGAAGAUAAAGUCCAUCGAUACUCUACUGUUAGAAUCGUCAAGAGUGACCUCGACCACUUAUAUAUGGUACCAGAGCAAGCAAUGGUAGUUUAUGAAUCAAAAAAUUGUCUCCAUUGA